AAGGUAACAUCAUCCCUGAUCAUGGCUAUGUGAAUAUCAGUGACGUUGGCUCCACAAAUGUUGAUGCUCUACUGUGUAUCACUAACCGUCCUCCACCACCUGGUAAUCGUACUUCUGGAGGAAACUGGUUUGCUCCAAAUGGGACAGAGUGGGUGGCGCAGAUAAAAAUGAUGUACAAGGAUUCGUAAGAAACAGAGAUCCUAUGGUAGUGAGACUGAAGAGGAACACUGGUACUGAUCCUCCAGAUGAAGGAAUAUAUCGUUGUUCAGUUGAUGAUGCAGACUCCACACCCCAUUCACUUUAUGUAGGACUGUACACCAGUGGAGGAGUUGUCACAGUUUCUGAUGGUUUAUCCUUCACUUUGGACUCUGAUAGUCGGUUCACCCUCACCUGUAACUCCACUGGUGGACCUGCUACCACUGUCUCUUGGACCAGAGACUCCACCACUGUCACCCAAGGAACCAAGACUGUGUUGAAUAACUCAACUACUGCACAAUACACCCACACUCUGAAUGUGACUGGGAGACUACCUGGACUGUACAACUGUACUGUGGCUAACAGCAAACCUUCAACAGUAUCGGCACAGCUUAAUGUCCAAGCUCCCAGCUCUGAAUUAAACCCAAGAAUUACAACUAGCGGAAAUACUCUGACAACAACUUGGACUGCUGAUACCGACAACAAUGUGACUGAGUAUCUCAUCUAUUACCGCUAUCGAAAUGGUGGCACAAGUGUUCUCAACAUAUCUGGUACUGAAACCUCUCACACACUCACCGAGGGACUGGUGAGAAGGUGUACACAGUCAGUGUCCAGGCCUUAUCGGUUCACCUGCCCAGCAGUAUAGCUGGACCAGUGACUGCCAGAGACCCAGAGGGAGUUGGGCCCAUAUCUGUGGCUGUGGUGGAAGACAAACUGAGCAUAUCCUGGGAGGGCCACUCCUGAACCCAAUGACUUCUACUGGAACUACACAGUCACUGUCAAUGAUAAUGUGACUGGGAGAGAGGUCUUCAGUGAUGUGGUGUCUAUGAAAGAGACUCAACUCUCUGCUCAAGGAUUAGUAUUAGCUAAAGGUGUUUCCUACAACGUGAGUGUGUUUGUUACUAACAGACGAGGAAACAGUGUUUUUAGGAGCGAAGUGUUUUUCAUGGCUAAAGGAGGUUCAUCAUCAUCAUCAUCAGCAGGUCCAGCAGUGGCUGGAGUUAUUGCUACUGCGGUCGUGGUAACCAUCUCAAUAAUCCUCAUCAUCAUAUUCAUCAGAUGGCGGAGAACUAGGAGAGGGACAACCACUGUUACCAAACCCCCCAGACCUCCACCUCCUCCCAGGAAACCAGUGAGAAAAGAAGAGGAGGAGGAGUUGGAGAUGGAGGAAAUAGUGGAACAUUCUGAGGACGAGAGUGAUUCAGAGGACUCCUAUGUUGAUGUGAGUUUUCGAAGUGAGGUUCCUGAGGCAGAGUUCCCGGAGUAUGUGAGACUGAUGCAUGAGGACAGAGACCAUAGAUUGGAGCUGGAGUACAGGAGUCUGGACAAACUGCCCCAGCCAGCCAGUGAUGCUGCUCAUCUCCCCUGUAACAUCAGACACAACAGAUUCAAAAACAUCUUCCCCUAUGACCACAGUCGAGUCCAGCUGAAGGGGGACCCUGCAGAGGAAGGCUCUGACUAUAUCAAUGCCUCCUUCAUUGAUGGUUAUCCUGACAAGAAGAAUGCUUACAUUGCUCCUCAAGGUCCAACAGGAGUCACUGUGAACAGGUUCUGGGAAAUGGUGUGGGAGAAUGAGGUCCAUACUAUUGUCAUGCUGACUCGCUGCGUGGAGGAUGCCAAGGAGAAGUGUGAGCAGUACUGGCCACAGCAAACCAACAGUACUGAGACCAGAGGAAAGUUCCACAUCACUGUCACCUCAUUUGUACCUUCAGCAGAGUACCAGAUCAGGAAAAUACACCUCCAAUCAACAGCAGAUGAAGAAGGAGAGCUGACAGUCACCCACAUGUUCUACACCGCCUGGCCUGACCACGGAGUCCCUCGCAACGCCAUGUCCCUCAUCUCCUUCAUCCGUCGCGUCCGCAAGGAACACCCCGCCUCCCUGACCACGCCCCUCCUGGUCCACUGCAGUGCCGGGGUGGGGAGGACUGGUACCUUCAUCCUCCUGGACUUGGCCAUACAGCAGAUGAGGAGGGAGGGGACCCUGAGUGUCUUCCAGCACCUCAAGAGUAUGAGGACUCAGAGAAUUAAGAUGGUCCAGACUCAGGCUCAGUAUGUGUUCAUCCAUGAUUCCCUGAGUGAGCUGGUGGUGUGUGGAGAGACUGAGGUGGCAGCAGGUGAUCUGAGGAUCAAAAUGAACCGACUCCACAGACCAGUCCCUGGAGAUCCUUCUGGCCUCACUGGAUUCCAGACUCAGUUCCAGGAGAGCAGUCAGUGUUUCUGGCCCGAAGGACGAGGGAAGGAAGAAGAGGAGGGAGAAGAGGGAGAGAGGGAAGAGUUGUACGGGAAGGUGAAAGUUGGGGUAAAGAGGGAGAGUUUCCACGGAGACAUUGUAGAGAGGAAGCUGGAGGUGGAAGAGGAGAGUGAGGGGAUGACAGUGGGAGUCACCAGAACUGGAGCUGGCAGGAUGAGGGUGUUGCUAGUGUGUCUCCUGGCCUGUCUGCACAUCGUGCACUGCCAGACUUACCCCUUUUUACGUCACAAUGGAGUCACUUUUCAAAACAACUCGUUCAUCGACAGGGGAAUUGUCAGUGUGGCUGAUAAGCUCGAGUGUGUCACUAACCACAGUCCCUGCUGUGAGGGGAGUGAUGGAGGGUGGACGGACCCAGCUGAGGUGGCCAUUCAGGAGGGACCUGCAGGAACUAUUCCGUUCUACGUGACUAGAACUGCAGCAGGAACCAUCGACCUCAACAGACUGGCUGUGUCAAAUGGGCAGGAGCAGCUGUCUGGAAUGUAUGAAUGUGAGAUCCCGGGCUCUGGUGGAACUCCUGAAAUGAUGUUCAUCUACCUUGGAAAUCAGAGUACUGGCAGGGAUCUGGUGGACUACAGCUGCACUGUCAGCAGCAAUAGGACCACUUACUUUGGUGAGGCAGGCAGCAGUGUUUCCAGUGAGGCCUUCACAGUAUCUGCUGCUGGAGAGCCGACCAGACUGAAUGCAGUGGACCUGCUCAGUUCAGGGAGUAUCCUGGUCACCUGGACCCCUCCCUCUGGAUCUGUCACUGGCUACACCGUCUUCCUGGAGCCGGGCGGGAGUGGGACUCAGUACAUGGUGUCUCUGGUGGCUCUAUCAGACCAGCUACCCAGCAUGGUGGUUGGCCCACUUGCACCUACAAAUUUGGAGCCUCCAGAUGUGACUCUCUCUGCUAUCACCACCAACCCUACUGGAACCCUGAAGUUGAAUUCUAUGGUCCUGGAGAUGGAAUGGAUGAAGGCCCUUUUCCUGCCACCAGUUACCCCAUCCAGUGGCAGCUAUCUUGCACAGUACAGUUUUGAAAACCUGGACUUGUUCAGUCACGGAGUGUACAGAUGCUCUGCCACCUAUACCAUUGAAGAGAGUAUGUCUCCCGCAGGGGAAGCUACACUGAAUGUGGACGUCACCUUUGGUGUUAAUGAACCUGGCCUGGGAUUGCUGGAGUGCCAGUUCAUGUGGUCCAGAGUGGGUGGAGAGCUCCCUCCCUCCGCCUCUAUUGGCUCCGUGGAGACUGGUCUAUUCACUAGGGAGAACACACUCACAUUGAGUCCACUGGCUCAGUCGGACAGUGGGGAGUACCGGUGUCAAGUCACCAUCAGUACCAGUCCUGGUGCAGGGACUAUACCCACUGCCACUCUUGAUGAGAGCGACGUGUUGACUGUGCUAAUUCCGGAGGUGACAGUGGCAACAGAGCCGGAGACUCAGAGAGUUCUGGAUCAUGAAGAAUACAACUCAUUCACCAUCACCUGCUCUGCCUCUGCUACUGCUGGCACCACUCCUCUGGCACUGGGCUUCGUCCACUGGGAUCGCAGAGUCGAUUCUGGGGAGUUCCAGCCGGUCUCAACAGACAGUUACAGCCCUCUGACAGGGACUCCUGAAGAUGGCUACGCCAGUCGGAUCAGCGGCACAGAGUCCACUGCCUCAACCACCGUCCAGUUCCGUUGCACCGCAGCUCUCACUGAGACCAGUAUCUUCUCUACCACCAGCACUGCCACUGUUACUGUGCAGGGUCCAGCAGCACCAAUGUCGGUGAGUCUGAGAUCAACAGACGUCACUGACACCACAGCCAUCAUCUCCUGGACCGUGUUCUCCAUUGCCUACACUCCUGAGACUUACACAGUCCUCUAUGGCACCACUACAGACAGUCUGGACCGGACCUCUGGCCAGCAGAGGACCAGUGGCAGCGAUAUUUCAGUCACCAGUCUCCCUCUCUCUCUGCCCCUCUCUGGUCUGGACCCCGACACCGCCUACUACUACACCGUCAAUGCCUCAAACUCUUACACCUUCACUCUCUAUGAGACCAACACCUUCAACACCUCCUCCAGACGUCCCAAUCCUCCAACCAACCUAGCUGUGACUCAGCCCUCUGGGCUUACCUAUGGCUUCACCUGGACCGCCUCCACUGCGGCUCCUGGAGCCCCGCCCAUCGUCAGCUACACCUUGACCUGUGACCCCACUCUGGACGGAGUAGACGACGUGAAGCGACACUACCCCAGACAACUCCGUUACCUCGGGGUCUCUCCCACAGGUGCUCCAGUGAACCUCAUGGCAGUUGCUGGUCGUAGGAACCUCAUGUUGUCAUGGAGUCCACCGGAACCUCGUCUCCGCAAUGGAGACAUCUCCAGUUACACCGUCACCUGCUUCUCUCCCUCCUCCUCUUCUCCUGACUUCUCAGACACUAUUCCAGACACACAAGUGAUGGCAACUGGACUGACACCCAACACCAUGUACUCCUGUUCAGUUCUGGCGACUAACUCUGUUGGCAGUGGACCUUCAGCCACCGUCGAUGCUUCCACUCUGGAGGAUGCUCCAGAUGCUCCUCCUCAGGACUUCAGACAUUCAGUGGUAAACGGGUCACAGAGGGUGGAGUUCAGCUGGGCCCCACCCCCCUCUUCCUCCGCCAACGGAGCCAUCACUGGUUACGCAAUCUCCUGUAACCCUCCCUUCUACCAGUCCACCACAGAGCUGAGUCUCAAUGUCACCACUCUCACCCCUGGCACCAGCUACUCCUGCAACAUCUCUGCUUCCACUGCUGUGGGGGCCGGACCCCCCACUACCCCACUGCUCUCUGUCCUUACUGUGUUCCCUCUUCUUUCUCUCUGUGUGUGUGUGUUUAGUACCAGGGGCACCAGAAGGUGUCAGUCUCAGUGUGGGGAGGAGGAGAAGGGGGAAGGUCUGCUGGUGAUGUGGGGCCAAGUGGAGGGAAUUGUCACUGGCUACAGACUGACUGUGACUAAGACCUCCAGUGGAGACACUGUUGUCCUCACGUCCUCUGAUCCCAGUCUUCUGGUCAGGUCUGACAAAGUUGGAGGAUUUGAGAUGGUCAGUAUUGAGGUGUCUGGGGUCAACUUGGCUGGAUACGGGCCUCCUAGUGACGCUGUCUCUGGCACCACUCCCUCCAUACCCCCAGGACCGGUUGCGGAGGUGAAUGUGGCGGUAGAAGAUGGAACUCUGACUGUGGAGUGGAACACUCCACCCUACCCCAAUGCGUCAGGCCCGGUGGCUCUAACCCCAGAGAACCAGAGAAGAUCAUCCAACGGAGACAUUCUACUGUCGUGGGAGAAGCCCAGUCCAGUGGAGGCGAGAGGCAUCAUCACAUCCUUUGAGAUCAGUUUCUCUGAGAGUGGGGCAGGGGAGGGAGGGAGAAGGAAGAGGCAAGAGUGUCCCAGAGAUCAGUGCCAGCUGGGAGCAGGGAACCCGCCAGAAGACAAAGGUGGUUUCCCUGUGGUGAUUGUGGCAGUGCUAGUGGUUCUGGUGGUAGCUGUGGUUCUGCCGGUAGUAGUCAUUGUGGUCAUUGUGGUCAUUGUGGUCUUGAUUCGCUGCAGGUUAGUCAAUCCUCGCAGGUUGGUCAAUUUCACAUCUGUGUCUCUGUGUGUUUGUAGAAAGAGUAAGACGGGCGGCUACUCUGCUCACCCCAGCGCCAUGCCUCCAGGUGUGGAUGAAGACAAGAGAGCAGAGGAAAUGGUGUCCCUUUCUGCCAUCAACCCUACCAGUCCUGAGGAAGCUGCAAGGAUGAGAGCCAUCAGACUGGAUCAGUUUGAGGAACAUGUCCGACAGAUGCACGAGGACAGAGACAAAGGAUUUGAGCAGGAAUACCUGACAUUCAAUACUGAGCCCACGGCAGUCCACGACGCCGCCAAGGAUCCUAAGAACAAGAACAAAAACAGAUUUGCCAACAUCUUCCCCUACGACUUCAACAGAGUUCCUCUGCAGCUUGUGGAUGGUGCUGAAGGCUCAGACUAUAUCAACGCAUCGUUUGUCCACGGGUACAGUAGGAGCAAUGCCUACAUCGCAGCUCAGGGGCCCAUGUCAGGAACCAUUCUGGAUUUCUGGAGAAUGAUCUGGGAGCACCGACCUGGAAGUAUCGUCAUGCUCACCAAACUAGUGGAGGGAGGAAAAAGGAAGUGUGAGCUCUAUGGCCUGAGAAGGUGGAGACAGUUCAAGCCGGAUGUGGAAUCCACGUACAAGUACAAGGAGGAAGUCGUUCCGUAUGCUGACUUUGAGAUCAGAAAAUUCAUAGUCAACCAAUUGAGGGGUCUUCUCUGUGUUGUAGGAUCAGAAACCAAAGGUGCCAGCUCUAGAGGUUUGCAGCAUUCAGUUCCUCGCUGGCAAGAUCACGGAGUGCCCAAGUUUUCCAAUGCAAUCAUCUCCUUCAUCCGUCCGGCUGAGGCAGUUUACCACAACCCUCAGUCUGCCAUGUUUGGUCCACUGCAGUGCAGGGGUGGCGGACAAAUCGCAAAUGGACGCAUCGAACUAAUUUAUCUUACUCCCCGCUAG